CGCGCGGGGCGGCGGCCAUGUCGGAGCGGCGGGGCGCGGCGGGCGAGGCCCUGUCGCGGCUCUCCGAGUGGGCGGACGCGCACCUGGGGCUCGUGCGGAGCCUCAGCACCGGGCUGGCCGUGGCCGGGCUGCUCGUGCUGGCGAGGAGCGUCCGCCUGACAACAAAGUUUACAAGUGUGUUGGAUAUACCUGUGGAAUUUAUAGAGAAGAAUGUGAAAUUGCGGGGAAAAAUACAUCAAGUAACUGAGAAAGGUCUAGAAGUUGAGCACAUUCCCAUUAGCAUUCCUUUUAUUACAUCAAUACAGAGAAAAUGGCAGUCAAACAGUCUUUUGCUGAUAAGACUGGCUGGAGUGGAUUUGACUCCGAGUGGCAUGGUCUGGUUACAGGAAGAGUUGAAACCCUCGCAAAUGAUAUGGUUCCAACUUCUUGGAAGACAGGAAUUGGCACUUGAGUGCCUUGUUUUAGUAAAUAAGGGUCGAUUUCUCAGUAUGUGCUUAAAUGAAGAGAUCUUGAGACAAGGGCUUGGCAGAACAGCACGUAUUGAAGGACUACAUCAUGAUUCUCAUCUGUACUGGAAACUUCACAGAAGACUGCUUCGAGCAGAGUUAAAGGCCUUGAAGAAAAACAAAGGAAUAUGGAAAGAAGAAAGCUCCUUUGAAAAAAUAAGAGAUCAUAUAAGCAACAAUAAAUUUGUGCAGACUCUGAAACAAUUUGCAAACUGGUUAAGAAGCUAUAUUUAAAGGUAGAAUGGGCAACUUGUUUGGAAAAGUGCCAUUUUUUUAUGUUAUAUGCUUUGUAUAAGGUGUUUAUGGAAAAAAAAAAAAACAGUCCUGUAAUUCUGGGAGUCCUGUCUUAAAGAGAAAAGCCUUAAAGUCACCUGAAGGCGUAUUAUAACUGUAUAGCCUUGAAGUUGAGAAGCAUUCAGUAUACAAAUUAAAAUGUUCUUAAGCUAAGCUUUUCCACAGCAAUUUCCUAAAUUAGUCCACUUUUCCAGCUGCUGAAUAACUGCACAGCUGUGUUAACUGUGGUGACAGCAGCUGACAGUUGAGUUUUUAAAAGAUGGGAAAUCUUAGUUCACAAUGUUCUACAUCUGUUACAUGUCAUAAUUUAACAGGCAUUGGUUUGAAAAUUGAAAUUAUUAAUUAGCUUUUUUCAGAGUUUGGGGAUUUAUUUGCAUAUCAGUAUAUUGUUUGAAAUUUCUUCUUAUCCCAUUUCUGAGUAUAAUUUAUGUUUUAAAAAACUUUCAUCUUAAAUUAUGAGUUGCAUUGUUAACAAGAGAAAAGAUAAUUUGUUACAGCUGAUCAGCUGAUAAGUUUGUAGCAACAGAAGUUUUUUGGAAAAAAUCUGCUUGAAGUAUAUUAAAUAGAAAUGAAUGUCAGUAGUUCCAAUUUGUAGAACAUAAUCUUAACUUUGAGUUGCAGAAUCUUAUACUUACAUCUGGGGAGAAAUUUAAGCUUUUUUUUUUUCCCUUGUGGUUCUAUAAACAUUAAAAUCAGACUGAAAGAAAACUUUAAGAUGAAAUUUGAGAAGGUGGACCAUACUGUGCUAAAAAGGUGUCUUCAUUCUUGUUUGUUUUUUUCUGAAAUGAGUGUCAAGCAUAUAAGUUUAUUAUUAUUUAUUUUGUAAAUAUUCUCAGAAUAAAUAUUGAAUUUA